AUGUAUUUAACGGAGGACCUCCUGGAAAAGCAUGGUUUGAUAAUUUUUUGUCAAGACAUUCAUCAGAUUUGUCAGUUCGUAGCACGCAAAAUAUUAAAAAAAAAUAGAGCUGACAAAGGGGUUGAUGAGAUCAUAGAAUAUUUUAGAAAUUUAGAAGCGACUUUGAAAGAUGUUGCUCCAUCAAAUAUACUCAAUUUUGACGAAACAAAUUUAAUAGAUGAUCCAGGAUCUUCAAAAUGUAUAUUUAGGCGAGGAGUAAAAUAUCCCGAGCAAGUGCUCAAUUCAACUAAAGGAGCCAUUUCUCUUAUGUUCUCAGUUACAGCGAACGGGAGCUUGCUACCUAUUUACGUUGUCUAUAAGGCAGAGAAUUUAUAUUCUGAAUGGAUACAGGGCGGACCGCGUGGUACUAGAUAUAACCGCACAAGAUCUGUGUGGUUUGAUUCUUUUGUUUUUGAAGAUUACUUUAACACAACUAUUAUGGAUUGGGCAAAGUCUUUACCUGGUAAAGAAGUCAUUAUAUGCGAUAAUUUAUUAAGCCACUUAAAUGUGAGUGUUAUCGAAUUAUGUGAGUGUCACAAUAUUCAGUUUGUUUUCGUUCCAUCUAGCUCGACACACAUAACACAACCCCUUGACGUCGCUUUUUUUGCACCACUUAAAAAAGUGUGGCGAGCAAUAUUACUCAAGUACAAAAUGGAAAAUCCCAACCAAACUACUCUGAAUAAGAAUCAUUUCCCAAAUCUUUUACAUUCUUUAGUUGAUCAAGUUGAACUAUAUUCAUCUAAAAAUAUCAAAAGCGGAUUCAGAGCAACGGGGAUCUACCCAUUCAACCCAAGAGAAGUACUGAAGCGUGUACCAGAGUAUCAAGAAGAUGUGGCAUCAUAUGGGAUUGACAAUGCAUUGCUAGACUACUUAAAGCAGAUCAGGCAGCCAAUUCCUAUGAUAACCUAUGAUUCCUGGAAAAUCAGUAACAGUCGAUGA